AUGGCCCCGAAGCUGCUGCUGCUCCUCUGCCUGCUCUCCGGCUUGCACGCGCGGACCAGGAAGGUGGAAGAAGAUGAAUAUGAAGAUUCAUCAUCAAACCAGAAGUGGGUCUUGGCUCCGAAAUCUCAAGACACAGAUGUGACUCUUAUUCUUAACAAGUUGCUAAGAGAAUAUGAUAAGAAGCUGAGGCCAGAUAUUGGAAUAAAACCCACUGUCAUUGAUGUUGACAUCUACGUUAACAGCAUUGGUCCUGUGUCGUCAAUAAACAUGGAAUAUCAAAUUGAUAUAUUUUUUGCUCAGACCUGGACUGACAGUCGCCUUAGGUUCAACAGCACAAUGAAAAUACUUACUCUGAACAGCAACAUGGUGGGGUUAAUAUGGAUUCCAGAUACGAUCUUCCGAAACUCCAAAACCGCAGAGGCUCACUGGAUCACCACCCCCAAUCAACUCCUCAGAAUUUGGAAUGAUGGGAAAAUCCUUUAUACUUUAAGGCUCACCAUCAACGCGGAAUGCCAGCUGCAGCUGCACAACUUCCCCAUGGACGCGCACUCCUGCCCGCUGACCUUCUCCAGCUAUGGCUACCCCAAAGAAGAAAUGAUUUAUAGAUGGAGAAAAAAUUCGGUUGAGGCAGCAGAUCAGAAAUCCUGGCGGCUUUAUCAGUUUGACUUCAUGGGCCUCAGAAACACCACGGAAAUUGUGCAAACAUCAGCAGGUGAUUAUGUUGUCAUGACUAUAUAUUUUGAAUUGAGUAGAAGAAUGGGAUACUUCACUAUUCAAACAUAUAUUCCUUGUAUACUGACUGUGGUUUUAUCCUGGGUAUCAUUCUGGAUCAAAAAAGAUGCUACACCAGCAAGAACAGCAUUAGGCAUCACCACAGUACUGACCAUGACCACACUCAGCACCAUAGCCAGGAAGUCCUUGCCCCGUGUUUCCUAUGUGACUGCCAUGGACCUUUUCGUGACUGUGUGCUUCUUAUUUGUCUUUGCUGCUCUGAUGGAGUAUGCUACCCUCAACUACUAUUCAAGCUGUAGAAAACCAACUACCACUAAGAAAAAAACAUCGUUACUACAUGCAGAUUCCUCAAGAUGGAUUCACGAAAGGAUAAGCCUACAAGCCCCCUCUAACUAUUCUCUCCUUGACAUGAGGCCACCACCACCUGUAACAGUUACUCUAAACAAUUCCGUGUACUGGCAGGAAUUAGAAGAUACCUGUGUCUACGAGUGUUUGGAUGGCAAAGACUGUCAGAGUUUCUUCUGCUGCUAUGAAGAAUGCAAAUCAGGAUCUUGGAGAAAAGGACAUAUUCACAUAGACAUCUUGGAACUGGACUCAUAUUCACGGGUCUUUUUCCCUACAUCAUUCCUGCUCUUCAACUUGGUUUAUUGGGUGGGAUACCUCUAUCUCUAA